UGCCUUUUCUCUUAUUUGUUAUUCAUUUAUUUUUAGAUUGGACCUUCGCAGUUUCCACUUGCCGUACUCGCGGAUUUCCCUGGUCCCCAACGUGGGCCUGCAGGUCGCCAUCUCCAACGCCUUCGCCGAGGUGGACGGGAACUGGCGGGUGAAGAUGUACUUCGUCCGGGACCACGGUUCGUUUGACCUGAAGGUGGAGAACGUCUAUAUCAAAAUCAACCUGAAGCUGGGCAGCGACGCCUCCGGGAAACCCACCAUUGACACCUCUGACUGCAGCACCCGCAUCUCCAAAGUCCGGGUACACUUUUCGGGCAAGUUUGGAUGGCUUUACAACCUCUUCCAUAGUGCUAUUGAGUCCAGAUUCCGGAAGAUCCUGGAGAGCAAGGUCUGUGAGAACGUGGUCAGCUCUGUGCGCAAGGAGCUCCAGCCUUACGUCCGGACCCUGCCAGUCACAGCCAGGAUAGAUGACAUGGCUGGCAUCGAUUACUCCUUGGUGGCACCCCCAACUGCUACUGCCCAGUCCCUGGACGUGGACCUGAAGGGCGAAUUCUUCUCCCUGGCCCACCGCUCUGCGGUCCCCUUCUCCCCGAUGGCGCUGGCCUUCCCCCCGGAUCACGACCGCAUGGUUUACUUCGGGGCCUCCAGCUACUUCUUCAACACAGCCGGCUUUGCCUACCACGCAGCCGGGGCGCUGGUCUUCGAAAUCACAGACUCCACG